AUGCUGGAUACCAUCCUUCCUUCAUAUGUGCCGGCUGAGGUGGAAGAUGGGGUCCCCGUCUUUAAACCGUCUUUCGAAGAAUUUAAAGACUUCUAUAAAUACGUGGAUUCAAUAAAAAGUUAUGGUAUGCAAUCAGGUAUAAUAAAAAUAAUACCUCCAAAUGAAUGGCUAAAGGGACAAAUAAAUAGUUCAAACCCACCUGAUCCAUCUUUGCUUGCAAACAUUAAGAUCAAGUCUCCUAUUCAACAAGAAAUUAGCGGCAAUCAUGGUAUCUUUUUGGCUCAAAAUUAUGAAAAGAAAAAGACUUAUAAUAUGAUUCAAUGGAAAAGUUUAUCUAAAAAUUAUAAAUUACCUGAUUAUCCUCAUCAUUCACAUUCAUAUUUAUCCUCCAUCUCCUCUGCCUCCACUUUUUCUUCUUCUUCAAACGUUAAAAAGGAAGAUGAAGAAAAGAAACACAAGGAAAAGGAAAAAGAAAAUCGAGAGCAAGUUGAUACUUCCACUACUCCUCAUGCUAUCGCCAAUUUUAAAUUAGACGAUUUUAAGAAAUUUAUACAGAAUGAUAAUUAUAAUGAAGAUAAUUUAGAUCAAUUUAAUGAUAAGGAAAGAUUGAAAUUCUUAGAAAAUUAUUAUUGGAAAACAUUAAAUUUUACCCCAACAUUAUAUGGCGCUGAUACUCUUGGUUCCUUAUUCCCUGAGAAUUUAAACAUUUGGAACGUCUCUAAAUUACCAAACCUUUUAGAUUACUUGGAUAAGGAUAUACCAGGUGUCAACGAUUCAUUCUUAUACGCAGGACUUUGGAAAGCUUCAUUCCCAUGGCAUCUAGAAGAUCAAGAUCUUUAUUCAAUAAAUUAUAUACAUUUUGGCGCCCCAAAGCAAUGGUAUUCAAUACCACAAGAAGAUAAUACAAAGUUUUAUAAAUUUAUGAAAGAACAAUUCCCAGACGAAUCUAAAAGUUGUUCUGAAUUUUUAAGACAUAAAGUAUUCAUGGCUUCACCGAAAAUAUUAACAAAUAAUGGUAUUAAAGUAAAUAAGAUUGUUCAUUACCAACAUGAAUUUAUGAUCACUUUCCCAUAUGGAUAUCAUUCAGGAUUUAAUUACGGUUACAACUUGGCAGAAUCAGUAAAUUUUGCAUUGGAAGAUUGGCUAGAGAUUGGAUCUCAUUCGAAAAAAUGUCUUUGCGUUAAUGAUUCUGUGGAAAUUGACGUUGAUAAGUUAGCUUCAAAUUGGUAUAGUUAUAAAAAAUCUGCCACUCCGAUAACUAUUAAUAGUACCGCAACAAAUACUAAUACUGAUACCCAUUCCAGCAAUACAAAUCAAGUUUAUCAAUCAAAUGAUACAAGAACAAGAAGUUUUACGGAAUUAUUAAAUCAUAGUUCACAAGAACUACAAAAUAUCCAGAAGCAAGAUAUUAAUAGUAUUGAUAUGAAUAUUAAUGAUCCAAUGAAUGUUAUCACUAUUAAUAAUAAUAAUUCAGUAAGAAAUAAUAACAAUAUCAUGCAAGAUUCUCAGCACUCUUCACUCCGAUCAACAAGUCCUAACUUAGGUCAAUACUAUAAUCCCUUGAGACCGGGAAGUAGCAGAAUAUCAUCUCCAUUUUUAUCAAAAAUGAUGGAUCUUUCAAAUAUUGUAGAACCUACAUUGGAAGAUCCGGCUUUAAAAUUCAGGAAAAAGGUUCUGCGACAACAGCAACAGCAACAGCUGCUGCAAAAACAACAGCAGACGGAUACGGCCCCGUCAUCCUCGUCAUCUUCUGCAUUCCCACCACAAUCUCAGCCACAAUAUAAUCAAACAUUAAGUAGUAAUAACACCAUAAAUACUCAGAGUACCAACUUACCUCCAAUAUCGUUACCGCCUCUCAAUACACCAAAUACAAAUAAUUUAUUUGAUGAAAAUGAAGAUAAUAUGAUCGCAUUAAGUUUAGCUAAUAUGGCAAAUAGUAGGACUUCAUCACCAAGAUUAACUUUACAGACAAUGGACCCCGCCAAUGUGUCAAUAAAUAAUGGUAACAGUAUCAGCAACAACAACAACAACAACAAUACUAACGACAAUAACGGCAGUCAUAAUACCAAUACUCUCAUAGCUUCCAUUCUCUCUCCUAUCCCUUCAUAUUCAGACACAAAAAAUGGGAACACUAACAUAGGUCAUUCAAAUAUACUUAACACUGACAAUAAAAAUAUUAGCCCUAGCAGUUCACUAUAUUCUUAUCAUAAUUCAAUAUUCCCUCCACCUACCUUUAAUAACAAUACUAACACGAUCAACAGUAACAAUAAUACAUUUUCCAAUUUGAAUGGAUAUAAUAAUUAUAAUACCACUCACACCUUUUUGAGUAAUAAUAAUAAUAAUAAUAUUAAUAAUUCUAACCCAAUCCCAUUAUCAUUCCAAUCACACAUGGGGAACUCUUUCCAGCAACGACAACAACAACAACAAAUGAAUGGUCCUCCUCCAAUGUCACCAAGAGCAAAUAUCGCAUUCAUGAAAAGAAUGAAAUCACCUAAUAUUGUAACAUUAAACAUUUCCAGGGAGACUUCAAAAAGUCCAUUACUACCUAACCCAACUUUGCAAGCUAAUGCAAACACAGAUAACGAUUUUAAGUCACCAUUAAAUAUUGAUGAUGAUAAUAGUACUAAUAAUAAUAUUUUGUCCUAUCUAGGUAAAGGUCAAACAUCAUCAUUAAGUGAAAUAGAACAUAAAAACAAUAAGCAUAACAAGCGCGCUAUACCGAAGGGGAAAGCUAAACCUAAAAAUGGUUAUAAUAAUGGUAGAAGUACAUCAGAUUUGACGUCAUUGAAUCAACCAGCGACUAAGAGGCAAAAAAGUAAUAACAAUACCUCAAGGAUGACAACAUUGACAUCAUCACAAAGGAAAAAAGGUGAACGGGAAUCUACUAUCUCCCCUUCACCUUCUUCUCAAACGGAGGAACAAACCGGACAAUCACAACAACCUCCUAAAUUUACCGAAGACGAAAUUAUAAUGUCAGAAAAUGGUAAAAUUUAUGUUUGUUUAGAAUGUAAGAGGCAAUUUACUUCCGGUCAUCACUUAACGAGGCAUAAGAAAUCGGUGCAUUCAGGUGAAAAACCUCACUCAUGUCCAAAAUGUGGUAAGAAAUUUAAAAGAAGAGAUCAUGUACUACAACAUUUAAAUAAGAAGAUACCUUGCGUUCCUGAUGCAUAUUCUAAUUCCACAGAAUCUCAAAUGCGCAUUCAAAUUCAAUUACAACAGCAAAACAGUAAUCCGGCAGACAAUAAUAACACUAAUGGUGAUGUCUUGGGAACAGAUAGGGCUGUGGCAUCUGUAAGUGAGGCUGCGACCGCUAUCAACAGCAGCACUGAUAAUAAUAGUAAUAAAAGUAAUAAUAAUAAUAAUGAUGAUGAUGAUGAUGAUAAAAAUAAAGCUCCGUCAAAGACGGAUGUGAAUAAUGAAGGUAAAGAUAUAUCUAGCUCUAAUAUCGAGCCCGAUAUUAAACGCGAGUAA